CAGCCUCAUGCGCGGCUUCACUCGAUAAACACCUUACAUCGCUCCACAACCUCCACGCUCCACCUGCGACCAUGGCUGGGCUGGGCCAGGACAUUGUCUCGCCUUUUGGCCCGCUGCAGGCUGAACUCGCCCGCAUGCGCAAGUCGAACCUCACGGCCGCCAUCCAAGAUGUCGACAAGAUUAUAGAUUACCUUAUGGCCGCCAGGGAGCAGGUUGCUGCCGCUGAUGCCGACUCCCAUCGUAUCAGCAUGGCCAUGACAACUCUUCAGAAUCCGGUCAAGGACCGCCUCGACGCCAUCACAAAUGACCUCAAAGACGUGACCAAGGCGCAACGGAGCUACGGGAAGGCUCUGGACAAGGCUCUACCGCAAAAGGAACUACCGAUGGAAACAGACGCGAUGGCCGACCACACCGCUCUCAUAAAUCGCGCCAUCGCGAUGCACCUCGUCCGCGAGGGCCAAUUCUCCGUUGCAUCGACUUUUGUACGCGAGUCACGAGACCCGCCCCUCAGUUCAUCAGACGCCCUGUCGCCUCGAACGGCGCGGACGGACGAAGACGGCGAUGACGACAUGAUACAAGAGUACGAAGAGGACGAGAGGGACUAUGGUCACGGAGCAAAUGAUUAUCCCGAGGACCUGCAAGGGCAAUUCGCAGAAAUGUACAAUCUCCUCUCGGAGCUGAAGAACAGGAACCUUGGCCCAGCUAUCAGGUGGGCGCGCCAAAACAACAGCAGAUUGGAGGCGGCAGGAAGCAACCUCGAGUUUGAGUUGUGUAAGCUGCAGUUCAUCUGGCUGUUCAAGGGUCCGAAAGUCAACAAACUUCCGGACGACGAGAGAAAUGGCCAGAUGGGCGCGCUGAGAUAUGCCAGAGACCACUUUGCACGCUUCCAGACGAGGCAUCUCAGAGACAUCCAACAGCUGUGCGGCGCGAUGGUCUUCGCACCCAACAUUGAGGCGUCCCCCUACCGGCACAUCUUCCAGAUUGAUUCGGCUUUUGAGGACGUGGCAACCUCCUUCACCCGGGAGUUUUGCUCUCUGCUGGGCCUUUCGGCGGAGUCACCGCUGUACGUGGCUGUGACGGCGGGCUCCAUUGCGCUGCCCCGGCUCAUCAAGUACACCACGUAUAUGAAGGAGAAGAAGACGGAGUGGACGACGGAGAAUGAGCUGGCCUUUGAGACCCCGCUGCCGCCGUCCAUGAUUUACCACUCCAUCUUUGUGUGCCCCGUGAGCAAGGAACAAACUACGGAGCAGAAUCCCGCAAUGAUGCUGCCGUGCGGCCAUGUCAUUUGCAGAGAGAGCUUGCACAACAUGGCCAAGGGAUCCAGGUACAAGUGUCCCUACUGCCCGACAGAGGGCCAUUUGAAGGAUGCCAUCAAGAUUACUCUUUGA